GUCACAAUCGACGUUUGGCAAUAUCGCACUUCACAAACAUAUUUAAGAAUCUAGACCAACCUGUAUAAUAGUAUAAAUCAUUUUAAGAUUAGUUAUGUAUUUUUUUUUCAAACGUCAUUUUAAUUUUUUUAUUAGUCUGUCAGUGUUAGUGUGUUCUUGAAAUAUUUAAUUUGUAUGUUACGGAUUAGUCCGCACAAUUCAUUAAUCGAAAGCCGACUAUCAAAAUAUAAUAUAAUCGAAAAUGUCUACAGAAACGUUUACUUCUCCGGAACAAGUAGAAAAGUUAGAAGGCCCUCAAGUAUCUUCACCUUAUCCCCAGGAGCGAAAACUUUCCAGAGCUUUACGAAUUCAAAAGAGAUUGACUCAAAAUAAGACUAAGAGUGGCCGUUCAGAAGAUACAAUCGCAGAUGAAUUGGAAAAAACAAAUCCUAUAUAUCUGCAAAAGUCAAAGAGCAACAAUAUUUUACAAAAACGAAUUAAAGAAGCAGAACGAGAUUUAUUGGAAAUUUCCAUAUCCAAUAACACCAAAGAAGUAGCUAGACGAGAGGCCGAAAAAAGAAACGCGCAAAAAUUAAUAGAAACAUUGGAAAACGAUGCGAAUCGUGCUCAAGCGAAAUUCGAUGAAAUCGUACAAAAAUGGGACGAUAUUCAAAUAUUAAAAGACCCUCUUGCUACGCACCGUGCUAUAGAAGGAAUGAAAGAACAAUGCGAUGAAUUAAUCGAACAAAGAAAUCGAACUAUAGCUACAUUGAAAACAGAAAUUGAGAGAUCCGAAAAAGCAUAUAAUAACUACCAAAGAAAAAAUUUCGACGAAGUACAACACGUGUUUAAAAAAAUCAAUAAUUAUAUUGCAGCCAUGAGAACCAUGUUUAGUAUUCAAUUCAGUAUAGUCCAUGCUACUUUCAACAGCGCAACAAACAAUCAAAUACAAAAUAAAUAUGAUACUUGGAACGAACAAUUUUAUGAAAUGUGCGAUCAAGUCGAUAAAGUAUGCGAAAAUCGAAUGGGUCUUAUCCAAAGAGUCGACAAAGUUUUGGACGACACAACAAAAGCGUUCGAAGAAAAUUUCCGCGCAAAAAAAGCAAAACUACUUCGUUCCGUUAACAUAUCCAGACAAGAAUUAGAAAAUUUGAAAGGGGCAAUAUUAUUAAACAGCGAAAAAUACGAAUACAACUUCCAAAUUCUCGAAAGACGUUGCGAGGAAAGUACGAUCCUACGGGCUGAACGAAAACGCAAACUCACCCAAUUACAAGAUGACAUUUUUAAUCUAAAAUCUACCAUUCUCAAUUUCAAAACCACUACCGUAAAUCAAAUUAAAAAAUACGAACACGAUAUUAAAACCUCACAAAAAGAAAUAAUGGACAUUGAAAACAAAGCGCAACGCAUAGCUACAAUAAAUGACAAACUUUUUAAAGAAAUCUGGGAUAUGAGUUCGAAAAACUGCAACAAACUGUGGGAUAAAAUCAUGAAAAUCGAUAAAAUCAUUCACGAACAACUACUGGGGAAAGAAUGGUCACAUUUAGGAAACGUAUCACUUGAUAUUUCAACGUUACCUAGUUUUAAAACGGGACAAUCUGUAAUGGCGGCUUUGUCGCUAAAACCCCUUCAUGCAGUUGCUAGCAAACUGCCGAUUCUAACUGGAGAUUUUCAAAUUACACCUUCCACAACUAAGGUGUUGCAGUCUAACGACGUCUAUAGAAGUUUGAUGAAAAAAAUCCUAAUAGUGACUUCAGAUAAAACUGGUUUUUUAACUGAAAAAAGAAUCAAAGAAUUAUUAGGUACACAUUCAGAAAACGAUAAAAAUUUAGUUAGAUUAGAACAUAUAUUGAAUUCGAUGAAUUUAGAUAAGGAAGAGGAUUUAAACUUACUGUUAGAGUAUUUUUUACCUUAUUGCUACUGUUUAAAUUGCACAACAGACGAUGGCGGUCAAGAAGCAUCCUUGGUUCUGUCCACCCGUUAUUCUUUUGCACCUUCUACGCAGGAAUACGACGUACCGAUGGAGCACAUCCAAUUACUAGAGGCGAUGUAUCACACGACUCAUUCGAGGCAGUCUAUUGAAGAAGCUGUCAUAGAAGUUGUUACUUCGGAGGUGAACUUAGAAGAAUGUUUCGAACCUUCCAUAGAAUCAUUGGACGUUGCCAAAACCGAUAUGGCUAGUUUGCCGCAAGCGAAAAUAUCCAAAAUUAAAAAGAAUCCUUUGAUUUUGCUUAAAGAGAAAUUGGCGUGCCAGUAUAGUCAUUCUCUAGUUAUAAGUGGUGUGUUCGUGGUGAAGGCUUUGAGGGAUUUCAUUGAGAAUUAUUUCAGUCGAUUUCAAACUGUACCUACAACCGGUGAACGAUUGAGAAGAAGAAGAUUCACAAUUUCUCGUCUUCUAAAUGACGACGAAAUUAGAGACUGCUGGAAAAAUUGGUUAAAUAACUAUGGAGAAAAUUCGGAUUAUUAUUUUGUGUGGAAAGGAUUAGUAUUCGGUUUGCAAUAUUAUUUGGACGUCUUACAAAAGCGGAAAAUACUUUCCGAAGAAGUACUUAGCCUUCGAAAGCAAAACCAACGUUUAAAAAAUUCCUUAGAAUCAUAUAGAAGUAAUCAUAGGUUUUUGCCGCCAAUAUGUGCCACUGUGAAGCAGCCUCUCUUCAUCUAUCAGAGACGUAUUCGAUAGAUAUAAAUGCAGAUAAAACUGAGAUGUUUAUUCAUCGAAAUGAUUGAUUUCAUUCGAACACUGGAUGGCUUAGUUCAUAAUGACAUACGUACUAAUUAAGUGGUCUUUAUUUUAUACGUGAUAUGUAUUUAGAAAUAUGUGUUUUAUAAUAUUAAAUCUGUAGAGUCAAUGAUCUUUUUUA